AUGAUGGGAAUGAACCUGGAGGGAUCAUCACUGCGCCUCUGUGACCCUCGGGCCACCUCAUCCACACUGCAGCCACAGGGCUCGGCGAUGGCAUCGCCCGUGUGCUCUGGGAGGAGCAGCUCCCAGGUGGAGGAGGUUGAGCGGGGCUGUGUGAGGGUGAGAGCCCGGCCCAUAAAGCUGGAGAGGCAGCAGGGGCUGGGCCCAGGAUGGCUUCGGCUGGGAGGAGACAGCGGCGGAGGAAGCGGCAGGAGGAUGGGAAGGCAGAAGUGCACAGUGGAGUCAAGCACAGAGUCAGAGUCUGAAUCCAAGGCAGAGUUUUUAGAUCCUUAUGACGGUGAUUCAGAAGACGCAUCUGUUCACACUGACUGUGGUAUAAAAGAUGCACUGUGGACAAACAGUGCCUGCUCAAAAGCAAUGCCUUUGGAGGAUGCUGAUACUUCAGAAGAUGAGGAAUCCUUCCCUAAUCCUCCAAAUGUCAGUGAAAUUCAGGCAGUAAAUGACUGCAGAACAGCCCUGGAGCUUCCCGGUCUCCAGAAGGAUCUGUUGCUGCCUCCAGCCACAGAAGCAUUUACCCCCACGGGGCUGGCACCGGACCACGCCUUACCGAUGGUUCUUAACUCUUCAGUCCCCGCAGAUCUCCCUGCAAUCCCGGCUGACACUGCUCCACAGCCCCUGCUCGCAGCUCACUGUGAUGGCACAAUGGCAGAGCAGCCCGUAAUUAAAAGAAAACAAGAGAUUCCUGCUCCAGAGGGUGCUAGUGAAAAACUAAAGAGAAAGAAAUUCCGUGCAACUUAAUCUAAGGGAUGAAUAAAUCAUGGGAAAAAACUGUUCUGAAGGAUCAUUCUUGGUAGAGGUUUCUUUUGCAGAGUGUACCUGAACUAAACAGGCUGCCUUAAGCCUGUUACAAAUGCACUGCACUGCACUGUACAGUUAAGUGCUGUGAUCCACUUGAAAAACAGAAUCAAACACGUCGUGUGGCAAUUCCAGUUGUAGCCACAGCAUGACAGACAAGUUUGGUGCCCAGGUC